AUAUCUAAUUCAAGUUUAAAUGACUUUAUUUUUGAACACAAACGGAUUGUACUUAAAUCUUGAAGUAUUAAGUUACAUUUAAUGUCGGAACUUAAGUAUUGCAAACCAUUUUUACUGCUUAUAUAAUUGCGUUUAUUGGAACUUUUACGAAAAACUUUGUUAAAUGUUACAUGCUAUGAAAACAUCAUUACGAAUAUAAGGGCGUUAAGGUAUAGAGAUAAUAUUAAUUUAAUAUCGCCCUUGCACGCGAAGGACGGUCAGAUAUUUUUGGUGUAUAGAAUUGUGGGUUCGGCUGAGAGUAUAAAAGAAUAAAGAACAACAGAAGCUUCGGCUAUUUCCAUUUCAUCAAUAAGCAGGAUUGAAUGUCUAUACAGUUCUUUUUAUAGGAAAUGAUUUUUCGCGCGUAAUUUACGGAAUCUAAGAAAAAAAUAUUUAUUUUAUUGAAAGCAAUUACUGCUGGUUUGAAUUGUUGAUCAAUUAAAGGUAAAGUAAAGAAAUUUUGCAAAAAUAUAUCAAAGGAUUGAUUCUGUUGUUUCGUAAAUUAACUUUAAAACAACCUAUGAAAACCAACAGGGAAAUCUUUUAAACUUCUACAAACAGCGAACUACCAAAUAUAUUACAAAUUUAUAUUGACAAAUUUAAUUCGUUUUAGUGAAAACUUUUCAAGUGUGUAUUCAUAUAGUUGGUGAAUAUAAAAUUCACAGCGAAAGGAAACGGGACAGAGAAGUAUUGUCUAACGCCUGCAGUAAAGCUGACAGCUUCACUAGAAGAGCAACACCAAGAAAGGAAAAGGACUUUGCAUAAUUGACUUGCUACAAGUUUGUUUUCGUGCUUAGACAGACAGUGAUCACUAACUAUGACCUCGGUUCGAGUCGGAGCAAACAUUUCUGUAAUUUUGGCGUGUUGCGCUUAUGUCAGUGCCUACGUGCUGACUGGUACUGGAACAAAAGGUACAAGCCAAUACAGCAAAGACAUUGAAAACAGACUUACAUUUUUGGCCAAAUUUCUUCACCAGAUAAAUUCAGUAAAAGACACCGUCCAGUUGCCAAAAGAUGUCGCUUCACUCAGUGAUAGCGCGAGAUCGUCGAUGGAUGUAGCUUCAAAAACAGAUAACAUAAAGCCAAAAAUGGGCAUACUUUCACAUAUAGAUAACACGAAGUCACCGAUGCGUGUCGUGACACAUACUGAUGGUGUGGAGUCACCAACUGCUGCGUCUGAAACAGAUACGGAGAAAUCAUAUAUAGAAACAAGUUUUAAAGCUAUUGAAGAGAUGAUCAGAAUACUCGAGAUGGAAGAUGCGCCAAAAAAGCACAACAUAGCAGUUGAGAAAAAAGAUUACUCAAUUUUACCUCCAGCUUCUGAGUGGUGCCGAUUGAUGGGUAUCCGGCAUUGUCGGGGUAGCCAUUCUUGAUUGUGAAAGUCACACAGGCACCGUAUAUUUUCGCUUAUAAGACGCAUUAUUAGGAGUCAUUUUUCCAGUUCAAAGAAUGUGGAGCAUCUUAUAAGCGUGUACUACAAGUAAAUUAAAAGAAAUAGAAACACAAGAUUGCAUUUCCGACGUCUUAUAAGCGAGUGCGUCUUAUAAGCGAAUAUAUACGGCAAGUUCCGGUUGUGCUUUUAUAUCACAAAAUGGAUUUCUAUAGCAGCUUCAGACCUAAAAAAGGAAAAUAACCUAAAGUUAUAACAAUGACUUUUAGUAUAUGUUUAUAGAUAAAGUCUAGUGGUUUGCGUUUUUGGUACGUGGCAUUCCCUGUUUGAUAUUUGUCUUUGUCUUUUAAUAUAAAAACGCAAACAAAAUUGGAAAUAAACAUUAGUUAAUCAAUAGUCAACAUGUUUUUAGAAACAGGUUAUGUUUAUUAGAACUUAAUUAUGUCUCCCACCACACAGUGGUGUGGGAGACAUAUUGAUUUACUCCAGUCUGUCUGUCUGUCUGUGUGUCUGUCACAAAGCUUGUCCGCACUCUAAGUCGAACAAUUCUCAUCCGAGUUUCACCAAACUUGAACAAAAUGUGUUUGACCAUAAAACCUCGGCCAAGUUCGAUAACUAGCCAAAUCGGUCUAGGCGUCUUGGAGUUAUGGCCCUUGAAUUACCAAAAAUCGGUCUUUUUACUCUUGUCCGCACUCUAAUUCGAAUAUUUCUCAUCCAAUCGUCACCAAACUUAAACGAAACGUGUUGGACCAUAAGACCUCGGCCAAGUUCGAUAACUAGCCAAAUCGGUCCAGGCAUUUUGGAGUUACGGCCCUUGAAUUAUCGAAAAAUUGGCCUUUCUACUCAUGUCUGCACUCUUAAUCGAACAUUUCUCAUCCGAUCUUCACCAAACUUGAACAAAAUGUGUUUGACCAUGAGACCUCGGCCAAGUUCGAUAACUCGCCAAAUCGUACCAGGCAUUUUGGAGUUACGGCCCUUGAAUUAUCGAAAAAUCGGCCUUUUUACUCUUGUCCGCACUCUAAGUUGAACAUUUCUCAUCCGAUCUUCACCAAACUUGAACAAAAUGUGUUUGACCAUGAGACCUCGGCCAAGUUUGAUAACUAGCCAAAUCGGUCUAGGCAUUUUAGAGUUACGGCCCUUGAAUUACCGAAAAAAUCCGUCUGUUUACACUUGUACGCUCUCUAAGUCGAGCAUUUCUCAUCCGAUCUUCACCAAACUUGAACAAAAUGUGUUUGCCCAUAAGACCUUACCCAAGUUCAAUAACUAGCCAAAUCCGCCCAGGCACUUUUCGUUUAUGGCCCUUGAAUUACUGAUUGGAUCCACUCAUCCAGACCAUCUAAUUGGAUCCACUCGUCUAAAACAUCUAGAGAAACUAACAUUUUUCAUCAUCUAAGGGGCAGUUGUGGGAGACAUGCGCUUUUCUCAAAAGCAUCUCUAGUUAAGUAUUUGAAAUGUCCAGUCUAAACUUUUACAAUGUCACUCGAGAAUUUGAGAAAAAGCAUAUUAUAAUAUGUCUAUCUUUUCAUUUUUAAGACGGUUAACAUAUUUUCUAUCUUGUAGAAAAAAGUAGAUCUUUAUAAAUAUAUGAAGUGACAUUAAAAAUAACUGAAA